ACAAGUACACUGUCCAGCUCGAGCAAGGCGGCUGUUACGUAGCCUUGAACCCAAAGGAUUUGUAUACAAACCCUAGGCACUAGUAGGGUACAAACACAUCGAGAGCCAGCUCUGUUCCGUUCAAGUUGCGGGGCGCCUGUCAUGCGCGUCCGCAUCGACCCCACGUCACCUCAAGAAAAACCCAUUCGCGCCGGCCCUGGCCGCAGCGACAACAAGAUCGCUCCCCCAUUUAUAGGCACACCAGAGAUGACAUGCCACAUCGCGUGAGCGUUGCACGAGCAGAUCGAUCGAUCGGUCGACCGCGUGAGCAAUGCCUUGCGUGGCGCACGAGUGCCAUCCCAGGCUCCCCGCCGCUAACCACUGCAGGUCCCUCUCCUGCCUCGGCACCCCCGCCGCCGGGUGGAGCUCCGGCGACGACGACCGCGAGGAGGACGAGCUCGACACGAAACAGGUGAUACUGAACGAAAUGAGGAACCGGGAGAUGAGGAAGCGGUCGUCCAGGUGCAGCGUGGACUCGCCGACUCUGUCCGGCGCCUUCGCCUGGUCCUUCACUCCGCUCCACCCGAGAAGCUCUAUCGAGAAGGUCUCCUGUACUGAGGAGGAGAAGGAGGCGGCGAGUGACAGUGACAACGAGAGCGAGGCGUUCUUCUCGGUGAAGAGCUUCUUCACGCGCAGCACGAGCCGGGCGGCGACCGUGGCUUCGUCGACGGACAUGGACCCGCCGGCGACGUGGGAGGGCUUACGGGGCUGCGAGGGGUGGCCGUUCGGGCUGUGCCGUCGCCCCGCCGUGCCGCCGCUGCCCAGCACGCCGGCCGACUCUUGGAAAUGGCGCAAGCGGAGCAGAAACCUCGCCGAACACAGCCCGGCUCCGGCUUACAGCUUAAAGAUCACUACCAACUACAAAUGAAAUUAGCAACAGAAGAAACAAAUAAAAGGGCGUGAAAGGAACUCGAAAAGCUUUCAGAUCAGCCGCCGCUCGGCGUCGGCGUCGUCGCGGCGGCCGAAGAGGAGGGCGGCGAAGCUGGCGGCGGCGCAGACGGCGGCGACGGCGUUGCCCUCGCAGAGCAGCACGCGGAGCGCGAGCCGCGCGAUGUCGGCCGUGGCGCGGCGCGCCUCGGCGACCAGCGACCGCCGGGGCUUGCCCGCGAACGCCAGCAGCACGAGCACGGUGAU